CGCUGUUUUUCACACAGCUAUUUCACACGGACUUGUUUUGAAAGCGCACCGAAAAGCCCGGGUAUAAGGAGCAUGGAGGAAAAUGUGAGGGCAGACAGCAGAGCAUGUUCGAUGUCUUAAACAGACAAGUGAUGUGGCGGAGCUCGCUGUUGAGGGGCACCACCUGUCUCCUGCAGGUGGUAGCCCCGAGGUUUCUCCCUCAAAGACAUUUUUCCUCCCCCGUGUUGAGACUCCUCACCCAGAGGCUCCUUCACAUGCCUGCAGUGGCUUCAUGUGGCUUAAGGUUUAGGGGUGCAGACUAUUUCCUGGCACACAGUGGGGCCAGGGCGUAUAAAAAGGAUGCAAAGUCAAAUAUAGAGUUUCCUGUGAGCCCCAUCACAGUCACUGACAUCAAAGCAUAUCUACGCUCCAAAGACAUCCCCUUCCACGAUGGUUACAGCUGCCUGCACACCCCGAGCAUCUUCAUGGACACAGCCACCAGGAAGGACAGAUUCUCCUUGUUCAUCGAUAAAACAACCGGACAGUUUCUGUGCAAGGACACCCUAGUGGAAGGGAGCUGGGAGGACCUUCAGGACUGCCUGGAGGUGAUGCAGAAGGAGGAGCAGGACUUCCUCAGCCCUCAUGUGCUGCUGGGUUAUCAUGAAAGUGUGGAGGAGCAGGAGGAGACGGAGAGGGAGCUGAGGGAGGUUCAGAGGAUCUGGUCUAGCUCUGUGCCCCUUUCUGACGUCCCUGAGGACGAGGCUCAGCUGAUCAAAACUAUGUUCCAGAUCACAAAGAUCUCCAAUGCAACGCUGAAGAGGUUUGGUGUGAGGCUCUUCAAGCCGACCAAGAGCCUGGUUUUCCCCUGGUUCGGGGGACCCAACGCCUCUUUAAAAGGGGUGAAGCUCAUUUCUGCCCAAAGCACAGACACUGAGAAAGUUAUUUAUAAUGAAGCUAUGGUACCAAAGUGUAAUUCCUACUACAACCUGUUUGGUCUUCCUCUGGUGGGCCGUAUGGACUCUGAGGUGGUGUUGACUGGUCAUGAGUUGGACACCCUGGCUGUGAGCCAGGCCACAGGACUGCCUAGUGUUGCUCUUCCACGUGGGGUCAGCUGCCUUCCACCGAUUCUGCUGCCCUACCUGGAGCAGUUCAAGCGGGUGACGCUGUGGCUGGGAGGCGACAUGCGCUCCUGGGAGGCGUCCAAGAUCUUUUCACGCAAGCUGGGUCUGAGGCGCUGCUCGCUGGUGCGGCCCGGAGAGUACCGGCCAUGUCCCGUUGAGGCGCUGUCCCAGGGUAAGAACUUAAGCCACAUCAUCAAAGCCUCCAUCCCAGCGGCCCAUAAGUCCAUAGUGUCCUUCAAGCAGCUCAGAGAGGACGUGUACGGGGAGCUGGUGAACACUGAGCAGGUGGCUGGAGUGAAGUGGGCGAGGUUUCCACAGCUCAACAAGAUCCUGAAGGGACACCGCAAGGGGGAGCUGACUGUUUUCACAGGCCCUACUGGAAGUGGGAAGACCACCUUUAUCAGCGAGGUGGCCCUGGACCUUUGCAUGCAGGGCGUCAACACGUUAUGGGGCAGCUUUGAGAUCAACAAUGUGCGUCUGGCUAAAAUCAUGCUGACUCAGUUUGCCAUGCAGAGGCUGGAGGAGAACCUGGAGCAGUAUGACUACUGGGCGGACAAGUUUGAAGAGCUGCCGCUCUACUUUAUGACUUUCCACGGACAGCAGAACAUUAAGACAGUGCUGGACACUAUGCAACACGCUGUCUACCUCUAUGAUAUCAACCAUGUCAUCAUUGACAACCUGCAGUUCAUGAUGGGACAAGAAAACCUCUCAGUGGACAAGUUUGCAGUCCAGGAUCACAUUAUCGGAGCAUUCAGGAAGUUUGCCACCAACACCAGCUGCCACGUGACCCUGAUCAUUCAUCCUAGAAAAGAGGAGGACGACAGAGAGCUGCAAACUGCGUCUAUCUUUGGUUCUGCUAAGGCCAGCCAAGAAGCAGACAACGUCCUCAUUCUGCAGGAGAAGAAGCUGGUCACGUGUCCCGGCCGCAGGUCCCUGCAGGUGACCAAGAACCGUUUCGAUGGAGACGUGGGCAUCUUCCCCCUGGAUUUCAUCAAGUCCUCGCUCACCUUCUCGUCUCCCGUCAAGGGCAAGCACAAGCUGAGGAAGGUCACCCCCAAGCCGGAGAACGAGGAGGGCGAAUGGAACGAGGAGGUCGAAGGGAAAGAGGGGACGGUUAAGAAGGAAGAGGUUAAAAAGGAGAAAGCAGAGAAAGCAGAGAAAGCAGAGAAAGCGGCCAAAACCACAAAGACCCCACGAUCCGUUAAGAAUCCUGCAACAGGAAAUGGAACCAUUCAAAAGCAAUAAGUAUAAUUCAUAGACAGUAUGGAUCAUUUUCUCUGUGUCCAUAUUAAUAAUCACAGGCAGAAAAAAGGGAAAGAAAAGAUGAUCCAGAGUCAAACCUUUGUCCUCAUGUCUUUUUAUAGAAAAGAUAAUAUUGUCAGACAGUUUUAUGUCCAUAUUAUAACAUAGAGUUCAACUAAGCUGAACAUAUACUGUAGUAAUGCACACAUGAUUAUAUAUAGAAUACAAGUAAUUCACAGCAAAACAUGUAGUUAGACUCCAGAAAAAUUUGAUUUUGAAAUGUAAUUACAUCAUGGAAUGAAGAAUGGAUAUUUCAACCCGAAUGUGAGCUCAUGUUACACUUCUACACAGUUUCUGAAGAUUUUCUAUACAGAUACUACUGUAUAUUCCGUUUUAUUGUAGACUCAAGUCUGAAAUACUGUUUAAAAUACUGUGACAAAAAGCUUCUGUUUUCACGACUAUGUUCAGAAUUUCAAGGCACUUACACACUACUACAAUGUGAUCCUACUGAUUUUUUUGUACAAUGAUGUAUUGAACGAGCAGCUUGUUUUAUAAUAAAAAAUUUUGUGAUGCA